GUGAUUUCUCUGGUGAUGUGUGAUGUUUGGCAUUCAUUUUAUUCCUCUACUUUGCUUUUAGGAAGUGUUUUUGUUUUUAACAUGAAAACCAGAGGGGAGGGAAUAUAAACACAGAAGCUGAAAAUUUAAGGAUGUCCAUAGAAAGUGGGUUUCCUUUUUCCUAUUUCCUUUGCCUUCCUUUAAUGGAAUCUGGUGUCGACUACGGUAUUCUAACACUUUCUGACAAUGCCAUUUACCUAGAGAGGAUUGACAGCAAAAUUGCAGUCUGAAAGCAAAGAAUGAGUUCACUUUUGUGGCUGCAUAACUAGCCUUGCAACAGCUUCAUUUGGUAGAACUGGCUCUCUCCUGGCCAUUACCUCAGAAAACUCUUUUGCACGAAUGCAAUAUAAGCAGCUGAAAGAGGCACAGAGCUGGCGGUCUGCUCACAAACCUUGCAGACAGGAAGACUCAUUAAGGAGUCCCUAGUCAUUGCUUUGUGAGUCUCAGAGGAAGCAUCAGGGGCCUUAUUUAAACUAGGUGUCUGGCAGACAGGUAUACCAAAACCUGUCAAAUGAAACUGGGGGUGGGGGUGGUGAGCGUGCAGCUGAAUAAGUGAGUUCAAUGGGAGGUGUGCAUUUGUCUUGCUUAUCUGCACAGGGACUGCUUUGUGCUGAAGGCAGGGCCUGUCACUGCAAAGACAAGGUCAGGCUGAAACAGAAAGGAUAAAGCGAACCUCCUCUGGUUCCCAGGUUACAGGAUGGGAGGGAUGCAAUUUUUAUUGCCAUGUGGAACUGACUGUUCUGAGGUGCUGAAGGGUUAUUUAAUGAAUGCCGAGCGGCUGUGUUUGAAGUUAGAAGGUCAGUCAAAUAUUCCCUGUAACCUUGGAGGGCUUAAUCAUGCCCUGAGUGCUAGCCGAGCUAUUGAAGAGCAACCAUCGCAAACCGGGGAUUUUGGCUUUCGCCUUUUCUUUUUUCAUCUGGCUGAGGUAAUUCGCAGAUUGGAAUGCUGUGAUUCGGUGGGGGCAGGAGUGCGAAUGGUGGGGGGGGGCGCUGGCGGGGAGAAGAAAAAAGUCAUUUGGACUCCGUAUGUUUGAUUUUACUUCACAAGCUUUGUGCAAAGAAAAUAAUUGUUAGGGCUUUGCUGGAGUCUCUAUGUUCCCUACGAGAAGUUCAGGCCCUAGACAUCUUUUCAUCUUAAGAUGAAACCUCAUUUUAAAAACAACAUAGCUGAGAUGGAGUGAGGGAAAUGACUGGUGCCCACAUUGCUUCACAUUGCUCUGCAAUAAGGCCAACCUCAAAAGCUGGCGCUUAGUUCAUAUUCUUCGUGGUUAAGUUGGCCUCCAAGCCGUUGCUUAACGUUGAUUCAUGAUCAUGCCUUUUGCUUGCCUGGAUGGAGGACUGAGAGUUGGGAGGGGGGAAUGCUGUGUUAUUUUUCUAGGAAAAGAGGUGUCAGAACUGACUAUGAACAGCCUCCCUUGUUCUCUUAUAAUGGCAAUGAGACCCACCUGAGAGAUGCCAGGACUGAGUUCCACCAAGUUCUGGCUGAAAAAUAGCCCAGGGGGAUGUACGUGUAUGUCGAAUUUAGCCUCCUUUACAAAGGUAACCUUUACACUCAUUGCUCCACCUAUCUUUUGAGGUGAUGUUAUUGUUUUACUGACUGGUUUCAUUGCAUCUUUUAUUUGAGUGUGACCUGCCUUGAGAUAGUUUGCGAGAAAGGCUGGGAUAUAAAACGUGUGAAUGAAGGGAUGAAUGAGUCAAUACAUACCAAAUUCAUGAUAGCAAUUCUUGAUGCCCAAUGUGGGGAUCAAACCUACAGUGGUGAAGCUGUACUCUGCCGCCUCAGCUAGCCACGCUGGUGUAGGAAAGGUGAACGAUUAGAACAUCCAUACAUUACUGAUGCCAAAUGGAAGCCAGAAGUGGAUUUCCUUGGAUGCUCCUGUCCUUUGCCUGUCCCAGGGGAUGCCCCAGUUCACCUUUGCUUGCUUCUGUGGGCUCCAUGGCUUCUGCAAGAUGAAGAGGAAGAAGGAAGAGCCCAGCGCUGAGCAAGAGACAGCGGUGUGACCUUUCCAUUGUGCAUCAUCUUACUUCUCUCUGUUGAGUUGGAGGAGCACAGCAACUGUGAGACUUUGCAGGCUUGGGGGGGGGGGACCUCGCUCUGUGCAGACAGGAAUGUAACUGAGGAUCCAGAAACCAAGCUGGGCAAAAUGGCAAUUCUACACGGUGUCCUAUUUGGAAUUACCCUGAGCCUUAGAGACGAGGUGAUGCUGCCAAGACAACUUUCAUUGCACCCGUUUAAGGUAAAUGACAAGUUUUUGUGACCAGCUGGACGGGUGCAGGACAUGCACAAAUUGCAGGAAUGAAGCCAAGGAAGGGAGAAUGAGUCAAAUACCUUGUUGUACAGCUUCCCAAGAAGAAACUGUGCUAAAUUAUAAACAUGAACAUCUUUCCCAACCUAAACCACUCUGCUAUGUACACUUGCACUACUAAUCCUAGAAUCUUAAACUGUGAAAUAGGAAUAAAUCCAAUAAUUGUGUUAUUUCUGACUGGCAUUUAAAGGUAUUACAAAAAUAUAAGUAUCAGGUUAAUUUCAGGUUGUACAGUUACUGCAUUCCAAUAUUACCUAAAGUAGAAAGGAUACUUUUAAAAAAUCAUAAUACAGUUGUAUGGUGGGUUUUUGCACUGAGGCUGAUAUGGCUAUAAGAAGCACUUUAUUUCUACAGGGUCAGUAGAUAAUAUGUUUUGGGAUGAGGUUAGACCAGCAUCUAAACAUUCAUGGCUUUGUUGCUCGCAAGGAUACAGUCCCUCAGGAGAUAGAAACAAAGAAAACCAAACAUCUACUCAGUAUCUCUUACCUUCUACUUAUAGCUUAUUGCUAUAACCAUCUGAUGUGUUCUCUGAAUUUCAAAGCUGAAUGCCUGGGUGGUCAGUGAAUUUAUGAAUUUUUCAGAGGGUGGCUGAAAAUGUUUUAUAUUAUUUUGUCUGGCCAUAGAAAAUACUGCAGUGACCAAAUCUUGUCAUAAUUAUCAUUGUAAGCAAUAGGCACUAUAUUGAAAUUGAAUGAAAUCCUGUGCAUAUUUAGGUAUGCAGUAUACAAAAUUGUGGGCUGGAUUGAUUCUGCAUCUCUGAUUAAUGGAAAGAAUUGUUAUCUACCCCAUCUAUUUAUUGAAUGUACCUGCAGUCAAUUCGCACAGUCACAUUUAUGAGUGACCACACAUGUAUAUAGACCACUAAUGAUUCAAGUAAAGUCAAUAUAGAUUUAUAUAUUUAUCUAUAUACAAAUAUAGUCUAAGUUUACUCUUAAUUAUGCUGGAGCCUAGCUAGUGCACAGCAAUUUAUUUUUAUUUCAAAAUGUCCUACGUUCUCUGAAAUACAUAUGUGUAGAGAUGGGCAUUGGUCAAACCCAGCAACUUUGAGAUCCUUGGAUGUACACACCUUGAACCUACCAGAAACAUUACAAGGCCAUUAUAUAUCUUUGUGAAAUAAAUUAGAAACUCAAAUGUUUCUUUAGUUAGGUUCGUGAAAGCUGUUUUUUCCACAGGGCAGAGAACUUGCCAAGAAGUUACAAAGACACACAGAUAACUCUUUCUGUCUUUGCUAUAUGACUCCAACAAGUUCCUCUUCUGGGAACAAUGACACUGAUCAUGUCAUUGGAUAUAACAGUAAUAUUGUAUGUAUUCAGGGUCAAAGGUGCUAUACAAAAGCUAAGUGUUAGCGAUAAAGCACAAGCUUCAGCCCAUUCCUUUUGACAAACUACUUAAACAUCUACUUAUAU